CAACACACUGAGACAAAUAUUAUUUGUAAACCUUUACUAUUAUAAAAAUUGAAGUAUGCCACAGAAAAAAGGCAAAGGAAAUAUUUUGAAAGGAGAGAAAGGCGAAAAAAGAAAGGAAGGCGAUAAGCCUGAAGAAGCUAAAGGUCCCAUGUUUACUGAAGUUGAGAGGACAUUCCUUGAGCUACAGUUAGCUGAAGCUAACAGGAAAGUAGCGAGACUCAGGACAACAGUGGAAGAGCUUGAACUAAGGAAUGAGGAAAUAAAGAAGGCCUACGACAAAUUAGACGAAGAUAGGGCUGACAUUAUUGCACACUUGAAGAGAGUUCUAAACAAUAAAAACGGGGAAAUUAACGAGUUAAAAGAACACGUAAAAACCUUAGAAGAAGCUAGACUAGUUGAAACAGCUGAACACAAAAAGAAUGUCGCUGAGGUAGAGAAGAAUUUCAAGGUUAUGAAAGAGCAGCUAACUUCAGAAUGUAAACUUUUGACUAGUAAACUUAAUACGAUGGAAGAAUUCAGAAUCACUAGAGAUAUUUUGAUGGCGAAAUUCGAAAAACAGGAACGCCAGCUAAAAGAACAAGAAAUGAUUUAUAAAAGGAAGAUAUAUGAGAUUGAAAAGAAAUUUGUGAUUGGAAAGGAUAAAUUAAAGAAAGAAAUGGAGAAUCGCCUUAUGCAACUAGCACAAGACUUUCAAGAUAACACGGGACUAAGAAUCGCGGCCACCACGCACAGGGUUAUAAGAGAGAACAUUGCUAUUAAUAACGAGUUGGAAAAAAUAUUGGCAAGUCAAGCUAAAUUAGUUAAUCAAAAUGAAAAGUAUAAAGAAAAAGAGGACGCAGCCAAACUUGCAAAAGAACUGGCGGAGGAAGAGCGAGACUUGGCCAUUAAAAAGAGUAUCGCACAACUAAAAGUAAUCGAUCAGCUCACUACAAUUACGCAAAAUGUAAAGAAAGACAAAGCGCUAAUGGCAGUACAAAACGACAAUAUCGAUCAACUAAAAGCAAAAAUACAACAGUUGUCAAAAGAAAAUGAGAAUUUAAUAUUAAAAGUUAGAAUAUUAGAACAAAACUUGCACGGGAAAAUGAAUGAACAAAGUAAAUCUAUUUUGUACGCAUCAAAAAUAAGCAAAGAAAAUAAAAAAAUGAAGAUGAUAUUGAGAGAAGCUGUAAUAAGCAUCCAAUCAGCUCUCAGACUAGACGAAUGGGCUACCAAAGACGCAGAUAGAGGGACCAUGGAUCGAGAGACAUUGUUGUUACGUCUGCUCAAAAUUGUAUCACAGUACCGUGAUACAAUUCGCGCCGAGUCUACAGAAACCUUAGUUUCAUUCGAGAAAGUCUACGAAAAAGGCGAUCUCGGCUUCAUACCAAAAACGACAAAAUCACAAAAAUCGACAUUGUCUAUAGCUCCCAGCAUAAUGACAUCUGGAGACUCACAAGAAUCUUUCAAAUGCUCUUCAGAAUCAUCUUCAAUGUCAGAUUUGGGCAGUAUCAAGACAAUACCAAGCAUGCACAUAAUACCAGUGUCCACUGAGCCUCAACGCCCUGCUAAAGAAAGUUUCCAGUCUUUUAUUACGUCGACUAAAUCUAAUACGAGUGAUAGCAACCAAGCAUCAGACGAAGAUGACAUGAAUGAUAUAGAUAAGCAAUUGGAACAGAGCAAACUGGAGGUGCAACAGGCGUUCUUAAAAGAUUUUCUUGCUCAAAGAAGACCUUCAAAAUUAUUUGAAAUAGAAAGCGUACAUGAAGAAACAAAGGAGGUUGUAGAAGGCGGUGAAGGGGAAGCCAUGGGUGAAGCGGAGAAGGAAGAGACGGAAGAUAUAGUGAAUGGUGAAACUGUGGGUGAAGAAGUUGCAGAGGGCGAGGAAAUAAAUGUGUCAGAUGACGUUGAAGUGAUACUUGAAGAACAUCAGGAAGAAUAGACAUUGCAAGUUUUAAUAGUCUUACACAAAUUUUGGUAUCAUUUAAAAAAUAUAACUGACCUUAUUACACGAAAACAAAAAGGAUGGAAGCCAUUGACUGCUAGCACGCUCUAGCAGUCUAUGUAAGUAUGCAUAUACAUUCUUUUCAUUUGGUUACUACAUAUAUUGAGUAAAAGUACUCAAUAUCUCCUUAAAUUAUACAUAAAAAUAAAUAAAAAACUAAAAAUAAUUCAAAUAAAACACGACCCAGCGAGGAUUACUACCUCUCUCCCGCAAACAUCGGCCUAUUUCCCCAAAAAGUCAGCGAGCUUCUUUGGUUCUUUCUUUGGUUACUUAUAAAAUGCUAUUUAAUAUUUUUUAAGGUCAUAUAAAACAUACUAACGGGCUCUUGGGUAAACAAUGAAGCGAUUACUGUCAAUUGAAUAUGCAAUAAAUACUUUUACGAGCAGUA